AUGUUCACGCUAUCACCGGGUGAUGCACUUGAUUUUGCAGCUGCCUUUGAAGAUGCAGCUGAAGAAUUACAUAUCCUUGGCAAAUUAGUUCCACCACAUUAUCAAUAUACAGAAGGAGCUGAUGAGAUUGUUCGCAAUCAAAUUGAAAAUGUAUUAAAUGCUCAACAUAAAAUCGAAGCUGAUUAUGAUGCACAAAUAUCACAUCGAGAUCAUUUACAACACAAUAGAGGGCAUGAUACUCUUGAGCAACCAAAUGCAAAAGAAAGUCAAAAAUUAAUGGAAGAAUUAAGUACCGAAUUAAAAAAGACUACAGCUGAUCUAAAAACAGGUGUCAAUAAAAUAAAUCGCAUGUUUAAUCAAAAUCCAUUAACAGCAGAUAAUAUGAAAAAAGUUGAACAAGAUCGUAUGUAUUUUGAAAAGUUAUUAACAAAAUCAAUUCUUGCUCUUCAUGAUCAUAAAUCUAUUGAACCCCUUAAAGUAAUGGUUGAAAAUGAACAAGAAUCAAAAAGUCAAUUUAUUCGUGUUGUUCGAAGCGAGGAAGAAAGCCGUCAACGAAUCAAGGAAUUAACACAAACUAUUCAAAAUAUUCGUCUAGAAAAGCAAACAGAAUUGGCACGACGUGCUGAAGUAAUAGCUUAUCAAAAAGAUCAAUUACAAGAGGCAAAAGCAAAAGCUCAACUUGAAAUAACAUAUGAAAAGAAAAAAUGUGAAAAUCACCUUGAGCAAAUUCGUGAACGUUGUUUUCUUGCUGAACAAGAAAUGCGUAAAGAAAAUGAUGCAUUAGAAAGUCGCUCUGAAGAUGAAAUGAAAUGCAAUUCUGAAACAGAAAAUUUCUUACGUGUUUUUAUCAAAGAUACCGGCCAAAAAACCGACGAAUGGCUUGAAAAAUAUAAUCAAGAGACAGCUUUGUUACAAACUCAACUAGAUAAAUUGAAAGCUGCACGUGCAACUGAUUUAGCAACUUAUCAAAGAAUCGCUGCUGAUUUUACUCAAUACGAAAAAGUUGUACGUGAGGAUCGAGCUGAAAAAGAACGCCGACGACGCCAAUUAGAACGUGAAGAGCAGCAAAUGAAUGCUGCAGUUAAAAUACAAUCAUGGUGGAGAGGAAUGCUUGUUAGACAUGCCAUUGGACCAAACAAGAAGAAAAAGGGGAAAAAAGGAAAAAAGAAGAAGAAAUAA